GUCGAACCUUGCUACAUUUGUAGGAGAGUUUCCAAACACGCCAUGUCGAGCGAUUUUGUGACUGCCUACCGCGCUCUGCGAGACCCCGAGAGCGGCGAGCGCGAGGCAAGCCGCAAGCAGAAGUCACCAAAGAAGAAAGCGCCGAAGGCGCUCAAGGACAAGUCAGAUGAGGCCAAUGCGCAGCUUAAGGAUCAGAGCAAAAAGAUCCUGCGCGCAGCUGGCACCAUGGUAAAGAUCAAUGAGGAUGAGUCGGCGUCGGCGCGGCGAACCAUUGAAGCUAGGAAGGAGAGGGCACGGCUGCGGGCAAUCCGCGGAGGAAAAGGCCAUACCUUCCUGUACUCCUUGACCAGCGCGCAUAGCCACCGCACGGCGGCGGUGAUCUUCCGGAACACCAUUGGCCUGAUCAUCAUGUUCAAUGUGGUCUGCUUUAUCAUCGAAACGGAUCAUAGCACGGAGCGGGGCUACCGGGACUUCUUCGAUUUCUUGGAAGCGGUGUCGUCCGUGAUCUUUCUGAUGGAGUACAUGCUGCGCAUUUGCACCAUUCAUGAGAACAAGCGCUACAUGCACUUGUCUCGAUGCGAAGCUAAAAUCCGAUUUUUGUGCACCCCGACCUCAAUUAUCGACCUGGUGUCCUUCAUGCCGUGGUUCAUCGAGCAUUUGCUGCCCUACAAGCUGCCGAAUCUCCAGUUCCUGCGGGUGGUUCGGCUCUUCCGCCUCUUCAAGUCCAAUUCCGUUAUGGCCUCUGUGGACGUGAUCGCUCGGGUGCUCUAUUUCAACAGCGAGAUUUUGGCUGUGGCCUUCAUGAUCGAUGUCAUUCUCAUCCUGCUCAUGUCCACGGUUCUCUACUACCUGGCGCCACCUCCCGAUACCCCCGGUCUGGAGGACGAUUUCGAGUCCAUCCCUGCCACCAUGUACCUCUCGGUCAUGAUGCUCACGGGCCAGGGCCAGCCGGUGGGGCAGCUGCCGUGGUACACCAAAGUCAUCGUCGUGGUCACCGCCGUGCUGGCCACGGCGCAGUUCGCCAUUCCCGCCUCCAUGUUGACCUGGGGCUUCGAGCAGGAGGCGGAAAGGCGGCUGCACAAGAACCAUGAGAUGCAGCUGAAGCAAAAGUCCAGGCUACUCAGGGGCGUCGAGGAAUGGGACGAGGAUGAGGUCAGCAGCAGCUCCACUAGCGAGAGCGACGUUGGCCACGAGUGGUCCGAGUACGAGGCUGUGGUGGUGGGCAGCGACAGCGACAGCGAGGACAGCCUCAGCUUGGGCAGCGCGCUCACGGCGCCCGAGGCGGCGCGCAUUGCCCGGAUCUUCUCUUCCCUGGACAGCGACGAGACGGGGUUCCUCAACACUGCGGAGAUCUGCCGCAUUGCCAGCAACAAGGUUGCAGGCCACAACCUUGCGGAAGUCUUGGACUCGGACAACGAUGGCAAGACGUCGUGCGAGGAGUUCUUGCAGUGGCUGACUGAUGUGAAGACCAAGAGCCCGAAAGUCUUCCAUAUGGUCAUUGAGGAUUUGGAGACGAUCCCGUCCUCAUCAAGUUCGAAGCAAACCAUCUUCAUGACUGAUCUGGACCAGAUGCCAGACCAGCUCAUCAAGUUCGCGCAAAAGUUCAAAGAUCUGCAGGCUGAGGUGAAGCAGCUCCGCGACCAGGUGGCAGCCAAGGAUAUUGAGAUCGCUAUCCUGCAGAAGCAAGGGAAGAUCGGGGAUUGACGAAACAAAGAAAGCCGUCUAAAAACACACAACUGC